UUCGCCAAGCAGCCUCUCCGUGCUUUCCUCUCUCUCUCUCGCCCACAUCGGCUUUAAUACUCUUCUUGCCUCAGCUGACAAGAGGAAACAUAGCAGCAGAGGGGCUCGCUCGCUCGCUCCAACUUCUCCCACGCCAUGCUGCCCUGGAGAAGGAAUAAGUUUGUUCUGGUGGAGGAUGAGGCGAAGAGUAAGCCUAAGAGCCUGGGGACCGGACUGACCUACCACACCAUCCUCUCUUCUCUAUUGCGCUCCUGUCCUGACUUGCUACCUGACUGCCCCUUCGACUGGGUGGGCAGCAUAUUUCACACCAAACGGCAAAAGGUUGAACUGAAUAAAGAGGAGCCUGUUUAUAAUGUGCGCUACUUGGGGAGUGUGGUCACCAUUACAGCAAAGGGAGACGGUUGCACCCAGGAGGCAGUGGCCAAAAUCUGGGCGAGGAGCAACUAUGGGGAGCAGAGUGUCAAGAUGAGGUUAACAGUGGGACCACAAGGCAUUCGAAUGAGUGCAGACAAAUCUGGGAAAAAGAAACCCAUCCAUCUUUAUUCUCUGAACAGAAUCACCUAUUGCACCGCUGACCCGUGCCGGCCCAAGAUCCUGGCUUGGAUUUACAGGCACCAAGUCAAGAACAUGGCGGUGGUGCUUCGGUGUCACGCAGUCCUGGUUAGUAAGUCGGAGAAGGCCCAGGCAAUCGCCCACAGCCUCUACCAGAACGCCACCUCCGCCUUCAGCGAGUUCAAACGGCUUAAGCGUCAGAGCGAUUUCCGGCACUGCCAGCAGCAGCUGCUCGGUGAGGAGGCAGUGCCCCUGAUGCCUCUGAGGAGGCUGCUGAAUGGGCAGUGCCACUACAGACCGCCUGCCGACAACCCCGGGAGCGCCACCCGCCUGUGCUCCAUCACAGAGGAAGAAGAAGAGGAGGAGGAGAAGGAUGAGAAGGAGAGCAAAGAUAGGAAGGAAGAGGUGAAGGAACCAGACGAGGAUGUAGAGGAGCAGCAGGAAAAACAGAAGGUUUUAACGACAAACACGGAUCCGACUCAGUUAUUAUCAAAGUUGGACAUUGGGGAUAUUGCCCGACUGGAGCAGUGCCAAAUCAACUUUGUCAGCGACAGCAACAACAACACAUUUACCUUUAUAACCUCUCUAGUGUGACUGUAACACAGUUUAAAGAGUGCAAUUCUGCACUACAGUGACACAUUCCUCUCUUUGCCCUUCACUGGUACCCCCACUCAGGCUCCCUCCUGCCCCAUCCAUGUAAUGCGAAGUGUUUACCAGAAACUUCUCCUACUUACCGGGUGGUCAAGAAAAGGCAGACUGUGUUCAUACUCUUGCCCUGAUGCCUCAGAUUCGGGUUUGACUGUAGCAGUUUGGGAAACUGCUUGUUUACAAAAGAGGGCUGGUGAUGCACAGACUAACAGCAGCACAAUGACGAACGAGGACAGUGGGUGCAGAAAACACGGGAGUACAGAGAGACGCUGAGAUCACUGACAUGUGGGUCACAUACUGAUUGCAGCACCGAUCAGGAUUAAUUUAGUACCCUUCUAUCUCUUAUUUUUGUGAGUAUAUUUGAAGCCUCGUUUGUCAGCAGGGACAUUUUUUGGAUCGACUUGUGAUAUUUUUCAGGGAGGUUCUUUGUAAAUUUGUGUAACUUUUCUAAUAUGACAGUCUUCAUUGGAAUUACUCACAGACUGACCUUUCUGAGAGAAAAAGAAGUUUAUUACGGUUUUACUAAUGAUAGCAGCCGACUAAUGAAUAAGGCUAUAAUUUAGGAGGCAAGCCAUCAAGGCUACAUGUUUAUUGCUGCCAUUUGUUAAGGUCCUUAUCAUUUAUGCAUGACAAGUCAGCAGUAACCUUUUUCGUGCUGAGCUAUUGUCUUUUUUCUCAUGACAUCUUUGAUCCUUUGGCUUUUAAAAUGAACACUGUGAUAAAUGUAUGACCAGGGACAAUUACACAACUGUUCAUGCAGCACCGAUUAAUUUGUAUAACUUGUCGUUUUAAAUAUAUAUUUAUUUCAGUGACAUCUGAUUAGCCAGAACAAACUGUUUGCCAUUGCUCUGCCCGUCUUACUUUUGCUAAUGUAGCUUUUCCAUGAGCCCUUGCAAAAACGCAGACGGACCCUCACAAUUGAACACAACUGUUUGAAAUAUGACUGUAGCUGAUUUCCUGUCAGUAAUAUCUGUGCUACUGUCCCAAGAUGCAUUGUGAUUACUAUGAGAUGAAGCUAUUUAUUUUCCAAAUAUGAUGAAUAAAAAUUACCC